AUGCGCGCAUUGUUGGACCCUGAGAAUGGGUCUGUGCCCUUCAGGAGCAGCCUUGAAGGGGCCGCCCAGGCUUCAUUGUGCAGCGCACCCUUGCCCAGCCCCAACUGCCAGUACAAACGCGCGCACUACGGCAGGCCUCUUUUUCAGGCCGCGCCGGAGGAACCCGCCCUGCCCGCUCUUCUUCGAUCGCAAUUUUGCAGCCUGACCGAGCCGGACCUCCGAUGGAUUGAGCAGAGUAUGCAACUGCGUGGGAGGUCGGCUGCUCGCGAUGCGGCUAUUGAGCAACGUGUGGAAAUGGCACGUGCGCAGCGGCGCGCGGUCGCCGAUACGGCAGCUGCUCGUGUGCAGCGUCGUGCGGAGAGGCAUGCCGCCGCAGCCGGUAAGGUUUUCGAGCGAUCCAAUAUGGCUGAAUAUAGGAAAAUGUGCCGGUGGUGA